GCUUCAGGAAGUCUGCGUGAGCUUCCCCACUGUGGUAGACUGCAGUAAGGGAUGGUUUUCAUCUUGUAACAAAAUGAAGGGAUUCGUCGCAGCUCUGCUUUUAAUCACGCUGCCGCACUCCGGUGCCCUGAGUCCCACCGAUUGCAAGGCAGCUGAGCCGGUGGCUGGGAAAGUUCUAGACCUGAUCAAUAAAGAGCGCCGGGAUGGUUACAUUUUCGAGUUGCUGCGGGUCGCUGAUGCCCAUCUGGAUAAAGUGGAAUCUACAGUUGUCUAUUAUUUAGCCCUAGAUGUAAGUGAAACUGACUGUCCGGUCCUAUCAAGGAAACACUGGAAUGACUGUAAGCCAGCAGCUACAAGGCGCCCAUCUGAAAUAGUGAUUGGGCACUGUAAGGUUAUAGCUACAACACAUUCAAAUGAAUCUCUGGACCUUAGAGUGAAUGACUUUAACUGCACCACAAGUUCUGUCUCUUCAGCACUGACCAAUACCAAAGACAGUCCUGUACUCUUGGAUUUCUUUGAAGAUACUGAGCCCUACAGAAAACUAGCCAACAAAGCCCUUGAGAAAUAUAAAACAGAACAUGAUGAUUUCACCUUUUUCAGGGUGGAUCGAGUGGAAAGAGUUUCCCGAGUGAGGGGAGGGGAAAGAACUGGUUACUAUGUGGACUUCUCUGUGAGGAACUGCUCCGGACACCAUUCUCGAAGGCAUCCUAAUGUCUUUGGAUUCUGCAAAGCAAAUUUGUUAUAUGAUAUAGGAGCCCCUGACUUGGAAACUCCAAAUUACCUGGUUGUAAACUGUGACAGCUUCAACUUUGAGGAGCAAAGAAACGUCAGUGGUGGACGGCAGCACCCUGACCAGCCGCUCGACUCUGGGAGCCAUGAGCAGCCUCCUGCAGGCCGACAUUCAUUUAAGCCUAAUAAAUUCAGAGGGCACCCUCAUCCCCAUCAGCCACGUGAACUUGGAUGCCCACCUCCCCUAGGAGAAAAAGGUGAUCCAGAAAGUGGAGCUGCUCCACCUCAUUUAGGGUCAAGAUGUCACCGAUGUCAUCGCCCUGUUUUUGAGCAUAAUCAGACUCACGGACCCUCACACAAUCAUAGUGAGCACCAUGGACACCAUCCCCAUGGACACCAUCCCCAUGGACACCAUCCCCAUGGGCACCAUCCCCAUGGGCACCAUCCCCAUGGACACCAUCCCCACGGGCACCGACCGCAUGGACAUCCUCCCCAUAGAAAACAUCCUCCUGGGCGGCACUCCCAGGAUGAGGAUUUCCAUGGCCAUAGUCCCUGUGACCCACCACCCCACAGCCAAGGUCAUGAUCAUCAGCCGCGUGACUCACCACAAAAACAGUCAGAGGAAAGGCGUCCAGGUAAAGGACACUUUACAUUCCACUGGAAGAAAAUCGGGUAUGUUUACCGACUUCCCCCACUAAACAAAGGGGAAGUUCUUCCUCUUCCUGAGGCUAAUUUUCCAAGAUGUUCAAACAAUCCUCUGAAGCCAGAGAUUCAGCCCUUCCCUCAAUCAGCCUCCGAAUCAUGUCCAGGGAAGCUCAAAGACGAUUUUCUACACAUCCAGACAUUUUUUGAAACUAUAGCUCCAAAAUAAAAGGAGAUUUCCUUGAUGGAAGAAAACAAAUCAUGUUUUGAAUCAGAACUCUAAAUAAAAUGUGACCAGUAAUAAAUGCAAAAAUUACAAGUUA